AUGUCAGAUAUGGAGGUCACUGAAGAUAUAAAAGUUGCUGUCCGUCAAGAUCGGCCUAAAGUCGUUCCACAUGUUGAAGAUGAGCACUCACUAGAGCACUUGAAAGACAAAGAUCUUCAAAUUGAAACCGAGAAAGAAAUUAUAGAGGAGUACCAGGCACAGGACGCUCGUAAUGCCGGAGAAAGUCGAAAGGAUCCAGUGAAGAAACCAAAAGAAGCUGCAAAACAAAAGGCAAGAGUCACUGUUCCUCAACCAUUCUCUUUGGCAACUGAGAGGAGAAUGUCACGAGAAAGGCAAGCAUCGAUUGAUUUUUCAUCUUCCGCUGAGAAAAGGACACCAAGAGAAAGACGAGGCUCAGUCGAUCUUAACAACAUGCAGCCAAAACUAUCCAAAUCAAGAAGUCUAAACAAGCCGCACUUCUCUGGGGGUGCCAGAGAAACACACAAGCCGGGGCAUGAAAGCUCAGCUGCUGCUGCCACCGCUAAAAGAACUGUCACGUCCAAAGUUUCGGGCCGCCAAGAGGGUGACAACAAAGAAGAGAUUGGAGUUAAGAAUCAGAGUAAAACGAAGGCGAUCAAGGAGAUAAAGAGCAACUCACAAGCGCCUAUGAAGCGGCAGGAGCAGAAAGGAGAAACGGCAGAGACUCGCAAACUCGGAAAGAGCUCGACAUUCAAAGCAUUGCCCCUACCAAGUUUCUACCACAAGAACGACCCCGCGGCAAAACCCAGUACAAAGAAGGUUUCAUCUCCCAGUCUCAAGUCCCCUCCGCUUGGCCAGAGGAGCAAGCAUUCGAACUCGGCCUCUGAUGGCCAGAAGAAGACCGUAACCAACGGCGCGAAACAGACCAUAAGCAAGCUGCUGAAGAGCACCCACAAGGCUCUGAAUCCUUCCAAGGAGACGGUAAAGAGUGUCGUUGUGGCCGCAUGAGCGCGCGUUCAUGCAUUUUCCUCCUUUGUGCUUAUGUCCCUCGAAUUCGGUUUUCGUCGAUUAUGCAUAUGAAGUGGAUUUGUCCGUGUCA